UGGAAUAUUCUUCAGCUCUGAAUCGCCAUACAACCAUUCUUAUUAUCUCACGGAGACAGACAGCCAUGGAAAUCAUGCCGUAUGCUAUAUGCAAUCAAACGUACCAUUGAGAUCGUCGAAGAUAACCUGCUCUCCGAAACUUCCAUCAAGAAACUCGUCAUCAAACUCCAUUUUCCCUACAUGGUAGCUUGUCUGUCCGAGCAUGUUUGGGAUUGGGAGCAAAAUGACUAUCGAAAUGUCGAACAACAGAAUCGAUUCCUCUUAAAGAACAUCCACGACAUGAUCAAGGAGAACAACAGAGAAGGAAGACUUGAGAUCAAGUUCUGGCUUGUCGAUAUAUUUGAGAAUUUGGAUGUCCUUACGAUGAUGGCUCUUGGAGAUGACAGUCCAAGCCCUCAAGAACCUCCUCCAAGAUCAAAUGUUGGUAUCAAAUUCAGAUCUGCUGCUCUGUACUGGAUGUACCAUGCUCCCUCGGACUUUGCUGCACAGCAACUUUGCCGACGACUUGGCAUUGCUCUCGAGUUUGGCACGAGUGACACUUUCACAGGCUUCACGGCACCGAUUCGUCGGCUUGUCAUCACGGGGGAAGAUAGGGCCGAGAACUUUGCACGUUUGUUCGGAGAUACCUGGGAGGAAGCUAUCAAGACGGAAUGGGACGAGAUUCGAAUGGAUGUUCUUACUCGCAAGAAGCCGUAUGCUGGAGGACUCCAUAGGAAUGAGAGCUGGAACAUCAUGGAUGAAGGAGCUCCUUAUUGUCGACCUAGACUCCCGACCGCUGAAGAUAAGGAUAAGAUCGCGAAGUUGGAUAAGAAGUUCCACUUGACUGGAGAUGAGGUUUCGAGGCUUCAUGUCGGUCGUGACAGCGGCAUUGAUUUCGAGCGCCAGAUAGCCUUGUACUACGAGUUGAUGGGUUAUUCGGGCGAAUGAAUAUAGAGUGUGUUUGGCUGGAGCUCGCAUUCUAAAGUGCACCAUACAGUCUGAAAGGUGUGAUGUGCAAUUGAGAGUGCACUCAUUCUAUUUCGCACUCUCUGGAAAGGAUACUUCAAAGUGCGAGUUCGAGCCAAACAAAUUAGUAUGAGCUCAACGAUCCGUCUGUUUCCGAGAUUUUGGAUGUGGCAAUGUGGGCAAGCAACAGGUAAUGGGUGUGAUGGGAAGGAAUAAGACAUAGCAUUUUCACCAGUAAACAAGUGCAGGAAACGGAAUCUUAGUUGUUUAGCGAAUUCCCAGACAAUAUCAGAGGCAA